AUGGUACUGUCUCACUUGGUUGAGUUAUCAGAGACCCAGACCAUAUACCGUUCGUCUAUCCAGGAUGUCACCAAUACUUCUUAUCAUCGGCAUUUCAUCGAAUUGGUGGAAGACCCUGACGUGUUUUCUGGAAGUCAAGAUGGCGCAUUUAAUGUCUCUGCUGAUGGCUUUUACUUCGGUUCCACAACAUCGGACAAUUCUAUUUCGCAGCUUCGGACCGUUAGUACUUCGCCAGAUGUCUCAUUCGACUUGACCUUUGACCUUUCGGCUUCAAUCCUUUUUAAUGGUGGGCUCGGUGGGUUGUUUCAAUGGGGAGGCUCUCAAACCGCUGAAUGGGCCAUGACAUCCGGGUAUACCUCAGGGAGCAUCAUCAGAGAUGGCCAAAGUAUUGAAUUUGAUCCGGAACGAUCGUUCACUUGGUAUGAUCGCCAGUGGCUCUACGGUGACGCGUCGGCUCUCAAUUGGACCUGGUUUCAAUUGCACACAGACUCCUCUCGUGAUGGUCCCGGAGAAAAAUAUUCAAUCUGGAUUUACGGAGGGGAUGUGGACCAACAUCAAUUUGCUACCUUUCAUUCGUCCAAGAGGGUUGAUACAGUGCUGGCCGUCAAAUCAUUCGAGCCAUUUGGCGAACCUUGGCAGUCUUCAGUGACAAACAAUACUUAUGAACAGCACUGGAAGCUCAUUCUACAAGAUGAUACUAUGCUCACCAUUGACAGUAUCCAUGGAGAUCAGGAGAUAUUCUCUGGAACCGCCGGCGCGUAUGAAGGAUUUGUCGAGUUCCACGGCUUUGAUUCAUUAAACAGAACUAUCGAGGGCUUUGGAUUGGUUGAGAUUACGCCGGUUUAA